AUGGCCUCAUCCGACUUCUUUGGAGUCCACUUCCCGUUGGACCUAUCUGGGAGUCAUAUUAUCCCCAUUGAGCAGGCAGCUACCGCUGCUCACCAGCCAGGUGCUAAAGCAGGCACAAGUGACGAAGGAGAUACGGACCCCAAGGAUGCGUCUUUUGCAGUAGAUGCAUGUUGUGAUAGUGGAAAUGCCAGCAGCUCUAAAGAUGGCAGGGUAGAUGACUUGUAG